CUCCGGAAUUUGGAUUUAUCAUGAAACAAUUUUCGUAACCUACCUGAUUGCAUCUGUCGCCUUUCUAAAUUGUACUUUUUGUGGUUGGGUGAGUGUACGACUCUUCAAUCAAUUUCAGGACUCCCUGCAAGUGUAGGUGUCAUGGAUGCAAGUGGCUGCACAUCAAUGGAAAGACUCUCAAUUUUGCCAAACCAUAAAAGUUCACAAUUUUUUACCCUUCGUAAUUGCCACAAAUUGACUGAGAUUCAAGGCUUGGAGAAUUUGGAAUUUACUUCAGUCAUUCACACGGAAGGCUGUAACAAUCUAGCAUAUGAUUUUAGGAAUUAUCUCCAGUUUUUGUCAACCAUGCGGGAUGAUCAGUAUCGUGUCAUUUGCCUCCCUGGUAGUGAGGUUCCAAAUUGGUUUAGCCAUCAGAGAAUUGGGUCUUCGAUAUCCUUCCAUGUACCUUCAGUUUCAAAUGGUCAAAUCCUUCGGUUGCUGGUUUGUGCUGUUUAUGCAGCCAACGGAGAAUACAAUAAGAUGGGUGCUCUUGAUCCUCACGUGAUAAUCGAUAAUAAAACUAGAGGCUACCAGCAUAUUCUUUCGCCAACACUCUUUCCUGGUCCUAUAACUUGUGAAGAUCAUGUCUUUCUAUACCAAACGCCACUCAUAAGAAAUGAAAUUGAGAUGGAAAGUGGAGAUGAAAUUGAGUUGUCUAUCGAACUUCGGAAAGCAGCUAAAGUGAACAAGUGUGGAAUUCAUCUACUAGUUGAUGAGCCAAAUGUAAUGGAUGAAUGUGAAAGCGUUGUCCUAUAUCUCGAUUCUGACAUUGCUCAAGAUGAAGCUGGCCAUGGAGAGAAGGUCUCUUAAGAUAAAAAGGAUCCAUCAGCAACCGCAGGCUUGAUCCUCUCAAAUAUGGCAAUGGUGGUGGAAAAGGAUGAGAAAUCACAGGUAAAAGAGGAGAGGAUAGGACCCCUUUGGAUUGGGAUACCCGUCUAAGAAUAGCUAUAGGUGCGGCAAGAGGCAUUGCUCGUAUCCAUUUAGAGAAUGCUGGGAAGCUAGUCCAUGCCAACAUCAAAUCCUGGAACAUCUUUCUAAACUCCCAACAGUACGGAUGUGUGUCCGAUGUUGGCCUGGCAACUGUAAUGAGCUCACUGGCCCCACCUAUCUCCCGAGCUGCUGGAUACCAGGCCCCGGAAGUGACGGACACCCAGAAAGCAGCACAGCCUUCUGAUGUCUACAGCUUUGGGGUGGUUUUACUGGAGCUCCUCACUGGAAAAUCCCCCAUCCAUACUACAGCAGGUGAUGAGAUUGUCCACUUGGUCAGGUGGGUUCAUUCAGUCGUCCGAGAAGAGUGGACAGCUGAAGUGUUUGACCUAGAGCUGAUGAGGUACCCAAAUAUUGAGGAAGAGAUGGUGGAGAUGUUACAGAUAGCAAUGUCAUGUGUGGUGAGGAUGCCAGAUCAAAGACCUAAAAUGCCAGAAGUGGUUAAAUUGAUUGGAAAUGUCCGGCGGCUUGAAUCCGACAAACUGCCAUCAUCUGGAAACAAAUCUGGACAUUCAACCCCACCACAGCUGGUGGUUGGGACAGAAUCGUCUAUCUCAAAGUGAUUGAUCCAUUUUUAUCUUCUUCUUUUUUUCCCUGCUCUGGUGGUGUAUUGUUAGGUAGUUCAGUUCAGUUCAUCCAAAUCCAAGAUGUUUUGCUCCUGUUGAUGAACAAAAUUAUGAUUGAUUUUUGUCAACCUGAUCCCAGUAAGGUAGAGUUGGGUAAGGUUAUAUAUCGGUGUAUCCACGUACGUGCCUGUUGAUGCCCGUGAUGGCGGUAAGAUUUGCUCUAUAA